GUCGAUUUUAAUUAAAAUACUAGAGAUUAUGGAUUAUUAUCCACUCCAAAAGAAGGCGAGGCACCUAGACUUUACAAGACCAACCUUUAAUGAACCAAUAAUAGCACUUCCAGAGAAUACAGAAGUAAAACCUCGCGGAUUAAGCUCAUAUACAGCAGAUGAUGAGGAGUCAGUCAAUGAUUUUGACUUGUCGGAAGUUCCAAAAGCUAAACAGACUGAAAAUAUCAAUGUUUACUUGAGAUUACGUCCAAUAAAGGAACAAUGCAAUUUUUAUAAGUUCAACGACAAUACAGUAAUCAUUCCACAAGCGUCACAGCUUAAUCAGCUAACAAGCACUGAAAAGCACUAUCAAUUUACAUCAAUUUUUAAUGAUAAAGUAGAUCAGAUUCAAAUUUAUGAUGAGAUUGUUCGUCCGAUUCUUACAAAUCCGUUUGAUAUUAGUGGAAGUACAUUUGCAAGCUAUGGAGUAUCUUCAUCUGGCAAGACUUAUACAAUAUUAGGUGAUAAUUCAGCUGGACUUGUCCCUAGAGCAAUUACGCAAAUAUUUACGGAAUAUGAUUCAGUUAUUGCUCCAUAUCCAUGCGCAAAGAUCCUUAAUGAUCAGAUUUCGAUCCUUAGUGAUGAGAAUGUUGAGUAUGAGAUUGAAACAUUGGCUGAUUUCCUCCUUGAGUCCACCAAGCUGAUUAAAGGAAAACCUGUAAAGAAUUGGUCACACGUAGAAGUCAAUGCUGAACAUGAGUUUAAAGAAAAGGACAGCGUGGAGAAUAAAAUUGAUCGACUUUAUAUCUGGAUAUCCUUUGUUGAGAUUUAUAAUGAAAAGAUUACUGAUUUAUUGACUAAUUCUAAGAAUACAGUCAGACCAUUAAAGAUAUUUUCGAAUGGUGGCAACUCGUACAUUCAUGGAGCCACAUGGUUAUUUGCUCCUAACAUAGACACAGCUUUUAAGAUCUUACGACAUGGCUUAAAUCACAUAAAAUAUGCAGCAACUGGAAUUAAUGAUCAUUCAAGCCGAUCACAUACAAUUCUUACAAUCAACAUGAUUUCUGAGUCUUCGAUGGAUUAUCAAUUGUCUAGCUUUAAAUUCUGUGACUUGGCUGGAGCCGAACGUACUAAAAAGACUGGAAAUAUGGGCGAUAGACUUAAAGAAGCUGGUGGAAUUAACAAUUCAUUACUCGUCCUCGGUAGAUGCCUUGAAGCAGUCAAUCAGAAUCAAAAUAAAGAGAAUAAGAAACAUCCAGAUCGUGUUGUUCCUGUACGUGACUCAAAACUCACAUUUCUCUUACAAAGAUCGUUGUCUGGACAUGAAAAGUUCGUCAUGAUUGUUAAUUUAUAUCCAACUGCUGAAUUUCUUGAGGAAAAUCUAAAUGUACUCAAAUUUGGUUCCAUUGCCAAUCAAAUUGUGGUUAAGAAGUCGGAAGUUCGUACAUUUAAGCGACAAUCAUCUAGAUAUUCAUAUCUUAUGCAACACUCGUCAAUGCUGAACAGUUCGAUGAAAAACGAGAGCAUCGUUGAAGCAUACGAAAGUAACGACGAGUCAGAACUAGACGAUUCAUUCAAAUGGAGCUCAAUGAGCGCUGAUCAACUGCGUAAUGAGUUGCGUUCUCAAAAAAUGUUUAUUGAUGGACUAAGCAAGAAGUAUGUGGAAAGAGAAAAGGAGAUUGUUGUCAUGCGAAUGCAGAUUUUAGAGAAACAGAAAGAAAUUCGUGAACAGAUUGUUAAGAGAAAUGAGAAUGAUGUGAAGAACCUUAAAGAAUAUUAUGAUAAAAAGAUGGAGAAUCAAACGAUCAAAUUUCAACGUCAAAUUAAUGAGCUUUACUCAGAAGUUGACUAUUUAGAGCGCAAAUUAAGGAAAUAUAAUAACGAAAAUGAGGUUGAAGAGAGUGAGACAAGUGAGGAAGAGUCUGAAGAGGAUAUUAUAGAAAUCGAUGAAUAGACAUGUCCAAAUUUAUUAUUAUUAGUUCUUAAAAUAAAGCCGUUGUUUUUAACGUAUUUUUAUAAUUCAAAU